AGCAGGGAACCUUGGAUGGUCAAGGUUACGGUUGGUGGGAGGCAUCGCCAAUCCUAUAUAAGAUCCUGCACACCCUCCCUUGGCAUCACUCUAGCUUCACUCCUCAACCACACAACUUCCACAACCAUGCGUUUCUUGUCAGUACUGACGGUGUUGGCCGUGAUGGUGGCCGUUGCCUAUGGUGCUCCAGGCAUUGGAUAUGGUCGUGGCAUUGGCGGCUUUGGGGGCGGCCUAGGUGGCUUUGGCGGCGGCCUAGGUGGUUUCGGUGGCGGCCUGGGUGGCUUUGGAGGCGGCCUUGGUGGCAUUGGAGGCGGCCUGGGUGGAUAUGGAGGCGGCUUGGGUGGAUUUAGAGGCGGCUUGGGUGGAUUUGGAGGCGGCUUGGGUGGAUUUGGAGGCGGCCUUGGAGGAUUUGGUGGCGGUUUCGGUGGAUACAGACGCCGGUAUGGUGGAUAUGGUUAUGGCAGGUGAAGCUCCAGGCUCCAGUAGUUGUCUCCCUGCUGCCACCACCAUGCAGUUUAUAUUUUAUUUUGUAAAAUAAACUGUUCAAAGUCA